ACUGUGGAGGUUCUGGGUUCUCCUAGCUUCAUUUCAGUCCCCGAGUUCUCUGCGAGCGGUCAUAGAAAAAGCUUGAAAUAUGUCGAAGCCAGCAUUGUACUACGCCACCCUGAGCCCCCCAUCUCGUGCCGUCCUGCUCACGGCCAAGGCGAUCGGACUCGACCUUGAACUGAGGCCAAUUAACCUAUUGAAGGGUGAGCAUUUGACGCCGGAAUUCCUCAAGCUGAACCCCCAGCACACGAUCCCCACGCUCAUCGAUGGCGAGGCCACGAUCAUCGACUCCCACGCCAUCUGUGCCUAUCUGGUGGAGAAGUACGGCCAGGAGCAGCAGCAGCUCUACCCCAAGGAUCUGGUGAAGCGGGCCAAUGUCGACGCCCGACUCCACUUGGACUCUGGCCACCUGUUCGCCCGCCUGCGUUUCUUGUACGAGCCGAUCCUGUACUACGGCUCCACGGACUGUUCCAUCGACAAGAUCGCCUACAUCCAAAAGUGCUGGGAGAUUCUCGAGGGCUUCCUGAAGGACGAGCCCUAUCUGUGUGGCAGCGACCUGACCAUUGCCGAUUUCUGUGCGGUGGCCACGGUCACCUCCGUCAACGAUGCUGCACCCAUCGACGAGUUCAAGUUUCCAAAGCUGCAGGCUUGGCUCAAGAAGCUAGCCGAACUGCCCUACUACCAGGAGGUAAACGGCGAUGGGGCCGAAGAACUGAAGGCCAUCUUCAAGACCAAGCUGGCCGAGAAUCGCGGAAAGUAACGAAUCAAUAUGGACUUCUUCCAUUUACGUUUUUUUUAUUUUAAUCUAUAUGUUAUCCCGGCUUCAAUAAACUCUUAGCGUUCGAAGUUCUACUUUUCGAUGCCGAGA